CUGGUGGCCGUCGGGAGGAAAAAUACUGAAGCUCCGGCUGUUUUCAAGGAGCUUUCGUGGAAGAAUGACACCGACUUUAUUGGGGGAGUGAGGCGAAGAGAUGCUGGGAGGAUUGUGUUAGGCUGAAUCGCUGGUUUUUUUUCACAAACUCCUGAGUUGCGAUGGGGACUGUUAGUGAGCUGUGUGCCUCCAGUUUCCAGGCUUUUCUGUGUCCGACAGUGCGACCACCUGCUGCAACCACAGUGUCUGAUGACCUCAGUCCAGAAGAGCAACAGGAGCUGGAGAGCAUCCGCCGGCGAAAAGAAGAGCUACUGCUGGACAUACAAAGGCUGAAGGAUGAGAUAGCAGAGGUGACCACUGAGAUUGAAAGCCUGGGUCUGUCUGAAGAGAGGAAAAGUAUGCAGAGGAACAAACAGAUGGCCACGGGCCGUAAGAAGUUCAACAUGGAUCCCACUAAGGGGAUUUGCUUCUUGAUCGACAGCUCACUGCUAAAAAACACCAGUGAUGACAUCGCCCAGUUCCUCUACAAGGGAGAAGGGCUGAAUAAGACGGCCAUCGGAGACUACCUGGGGGAGAGAGACGACUUCAACAUCGAGGUUCUUCACGCCUUCUUAGAGCUGCACGAGUUCACAGAUCUGAACCUGGUUCAGGCCCUCAGGCAGUUCCUGUGGAGCUUCAGGCUGCCUGGCGAGGCUCAGAAGAUCGACCGCAUGAUGGAGGCGUUCGCCCAGCGAUACUGCCACUGCAACCCCGGAGUGUUUCAGAGCACAGAUACCUGCUACAUUCUGUCGUUCGCUGUGAUCAUGUUGAACACCAGCCUGCACAACCCCAACGUGAAGGACAAACCCUCCGUUCAGAGAUUCACCGCCAUGAACAGAGGAAUCAAUGACGGAGGAGACCUGCCAGAGGACCUGCUCAGGAAUCUGUACGACAGUAUCAAGAACGAACCCUUUAAGAUCCCGGAGGACGAUGGGAACGACCUCACACACACCUUCUUCAACCCCGACAGAGAGGGAUGGCUGCUGAAACUCGGUGGACGAGUGAAGACCUGGAAGAGACGCUGGUUCAUCCUCACAGAUAACUGCCUCUACUACUUUGAAUACACCACUGACAAGGAGCCCAGAGGGAUCAUUCCACUGGAAAAUCUGAGCAUCAGAGAAGUCGACGACUCCAAGAAACCAAACUGCUUCGAGCUCUUCAUCCCCAAUCACAAAGAUCAGGUGAUCAAGGCCUGCAAGACGGAGGCGGACGGCCGCGUCGUCGAGGGCAACCACACUUUUUACAGAAUCUCAGCCCCAACCGCAGAGGAGAAGGAUGAAUGGAUCAACAGCAUCAAAGCUGCCAUCAGCAAAGACCCAUUCUACGAGAUGUUGGCCGCUCGGAAGAAGAAGGUUUCCUCCCUGAAAGGUCUGUAGAGCUGCAGAGAUCAAUCCUGGAAGCAACAAGCAGAGUCCUGCUGGAGGUGGACCUGAAGCUGCUGCUGAGAUGCCUGGACCUGCACAGAGGAUCCGCUUUAUAAGAGGACUCUGCUUUAUAAGAGGAUCCUCUAUUACCUUCAGUAGUGACACCUUCUGCUUUACAGGUCUGACUUCAUGUUGAUUUCCAAUCUGCAGAUGAAAUGAUUCAUCUUUUUUUUUUCUUUUCCUAAAAUGUCACCUUUUGAAAGCUCCUGCAGUUCUGUAAUGAUGCUCUGGUCAUUACUCCCACUCACCUGGAAAUCUGUCUGAUUGGCCUCAGAGCCUUUUCACAGUCGAUGUUUGUUCUGGUUUAGCACACCGAGCACCUAACAGCUACUGCAAAUGUUUCCAUAAAGGGAGGAGAGAAAUGUGUGACGAUGUAAUAUGAGGUGUGAUCAAAAAGUUCAGAGAUUGUGCCUGAAUAAAAAGCAGUAAUAAUACCUGAUUUAAAGUCAUCUUGUGCAGUGACACAGCGCUUGGAAAGCUCCUUCGAAGUGUCGAAACAGUGAUCCUUUGACUUCACAGUGAGCCAAAUCUAGCGGGUAGGAAGGUUAGGGUUAGGUUGAUGCUUGUCUUAUUGUGGCCAAAAAGCGCAACUGGAGCACCCACAUACUAUCUCACAGUUUAGGUUGUUUGUGCUGAGCGUCCUUCUACAGACGCCUCUGAAGAAUGGGGGAUGAAUUUAUGAUGCUCAACCACGUGAUAUUGGAAAAAACAUCUAGCAUGGUUUUGGUCGAGCUCCUUACUGACGUGCCUUCUUUACAGUCAAAACUAAGGAUGUCCUGAUGAAGUAUUUUAGGCUUCCAAUCCAUUUAUUUAGCCUCUGCUGAUAAUAUUUGCCUAAAUAAUGCACAAUAGAAGUACUGUAGAUUGACUGUAGUACCUGGUUGUGCCACCAGGUGGAUCCUCUUGCUUUUUAAUGCUGUAGAGACCAGAGAUGGAUGGAUAGAUAGAUAGAUAGAUUAACCCUUUAUUGAUCCCGCAGCGGGGAAAUUCACACUGUUAUUAAAUUACAGAGGAGGUGGUCGGUGUGGUUAUCAGAGUUUAGUGAAAGAGCACUGUGACAGAGACUUCUAAACUUCUGGAUUCUGCUGACGGACACAGAUUGUGUUUAAAUGUUUUCCACAGUGAAAUCGAAAACAUGCACAAAAACGCAAUGAUGAUCGUAAAACAUCCUGAGUUGUGACAGUUAAUAAUUUCAACAGGAAAAGACUCUGAACUUUUUGAUCGCACCUUGAAUAUUAAAUUACCAGCUGCACACCAGAUACAAAAAAGCUUCUGCAGCUUGUGAAAGAAUUUCUAGGAUGAAGGAGUUACAGAAUGAAUCACAUCAAACUGCACGAGUGAUUCAGAGACUUUGAUGCAUCGACAGAUCAACUUUAGGACUCAUUCAUGUGAAACUCUGAAUCCCAGCGAUCACUUUGUUGCCAUACGAACCCUUUUUCUUUUCUCCGCCUGUUUUCUUUCUGCUGUUUGGUCAGUGCACUGUUUCUGAAAAUGAAGGUAACGCAUAAAUAGCUUAAUAUUUAUUUAUCCAGAUUUCUUGUAAUUUAUUGUUUUCUUUUUGUCUCAUUAAAAGUUUGCAAACAAAUCUUCUGCUCCACUUCGACUGUACAUUUAUAAGACUAUUGUGAUCAUUUUUAUUGUUCUGUAUGAUAGAUUUUACAGGUUUGGUUGAUUUAAUGUGAAAUCAAACUAAAAUAAUCCCCUCAGAA